GUUCCUGACAGUAUCACUAUAUAAGCAUCAUCACUUACCUUCAUUUGUUACAUCAAGCGAGUAAAACCUCCUGAUUAGAUUUCGUGAAAACAAAGAACUAUGGCUUCUCAGACCAAAGUGGUGAUGCUUCUUAUUCUCGCCACAGCAGGAGCAGCUUUGGCUGUGGCGAACGCAUCAUCAGAAGCUGAUCCUGACAUGGAAGAUCAGGCAGUAAUGAUUGCAUUUUCUAUCAAAUGCCCAAUUGGAUGGUUCUACUAUUAUGGUCGAUGCUACAUGUACAACGGCGUCAGACUGGAUUGGGUUUCUGCAGAGACAUUCUGCCAGAAUUUUGAUGCACACUUGGUCUCAAUACACAGCGAGAAUGAAUAUAAGCAGAUAAAGGCUCUUAUCCGUAGUUUUGACCCCAUGGAGAAUGCAGCAUACAUCGGCCUCAGUGACUGUCAGAAGGCUUAUCAAUUCUUUUGGUCUGAUGGCACCAAACUGGGUUUCACCAAGUGGAAUUCAGGACAACCAGAUAAUCGUAAUAACAUAGAGCGCUGUGUGCAUAUUAACUAUGAUACCGCUAAAAACUGGAAUGAUAUUCCUUGUGACCAGCGCUAUGCCUCUGUGUGUGCCAAGGAAAGUCGCUGAAAAGCUUCCUACUGCAUCUCAUCAAAUAUAAUACUUUUAUAUUUUUCUGUGUCACUGAUGCAUUUAUAAAAUGAUUCUGUGGCAGACUUCAAUAACUUCAGCAAUAAAAAAUCUAAAAAAAAAUAAAUAUAUGUAAAGAAAUAAAAAUAAAUUUUAAUAAA